UGGCUGGAGCUUGCGGUCGGCCAUAUGCCCACUCCGGAGGAGGAGGAGGUGGCCGCGAGCUACGCGCUGGAGCUCGCCGAGCUCACCUUCAACUCCAAGCCGAUCAUCAACUCGCUGACAAUGAUCGCAGACGAGGAGCGCGCGUUUAGCCACGCGAUCGCCGGCGUUGUUCUGCGGAAGAUCGGGUCGGCACUCGCAGACAAGAAGCUGCCGAUCAUCUACCUGCUCGACUCGAUCUGCAAGAAUGUUGGCGCCGCGUACAAGAACCACUUUGCCCCCGCGCUGCCCCAGACCAUCGGCGACGCGUUCGACGCAAACGGGCCAAAAGUUCGCACCUCGCUGCAGAAACUCGUCGACACGUGGACCGGCGUCUUUGAGCCUGCGGUCGUGGCUGCGACGCGCGCGCGCAUUGGCGCCUCCGCCGCGCCUGCAGCGACGGCCGCGCCCGCGCCACCCGGCGCCGCCGCCCCGCCCCGUCCCGGGCCGCCGCCGGCAGCCGGGCGCAAGCGCGUGAGGGGCGGCGCGGGGGUGGCGCGCGAGUCGCUCAAGAUUGAGCUGAGCGCGCUGAUGGGCCGCAUCCAGGCACACGAGUCUGCGCGGCUGCCUCCGGACGUGCAGCUGCUCACGUUUGUCGCGCAAGCCGCCGGGAUCAACGAGUCGAUCCUGGCGCAGACGGAGCGGGGCUCCGCCGAGUUUGGCGCCGUGAGCGCGCAGCUGGCGGCCAUGUGCGAGCGGCACGCGGGCCUCGCAGCGGCGCUCGCCGCCGAAGGCACCCCUAUUCCGCCCUCUGCAGCCUUGCCAGAGGCGCGGCGACAGCCGCAGCCGCAGCCGCCGCCGCAGCAGCACUUUCCGCCGCCGCCGCCGCAGCAGCCAAUGGCGCAGCGGCCGCCGCCGCCGCCGCCCUCCGGCGCCCCCUCUCGCCCCGCCGCCGCCCCGCCGCCGCCGCCCGUUGUCGACGUCUCGAAGCUGCUCAACGACCUCGCGGCGGCGGGCGUGAUCAACGCGGCGGCGCCCGCCGCCGCGCCCUCGCUGACGCAGCCGCAGCCGCAGCUCGCGAUGCCCGCCCCGUUCGCGCCGCCCCUCUCUUCGUCGACGCUCGGCUCCGGGCCGCACUCGACGCUGGGCGCGCUGGGAGCGGGCGGCGCGCUCGGCCUGGGCGGCGGGCUCGGCUUGGGCGGGCUGCAGGGCAGCUCGCUCGGCAUGAACGACCCCGCCAUCUCGGCCGCCGUCCACCUCCUCUACAGGGACAGGGAGCACGCCGGCUGGCGCGGGCCCGCCGACGGCCAACCCGCGGCGGGCUCGCCGCCGCUCUGCCGCCGCUGGUACGCGCCGGUGGACGAGUGGGUGGCCGCGGCGCCGGCGCGGCAGGCGGGCCUCCAGCACGCCUCCGCCUUCGCCACCCUUGCGCACGACAACGCGGCGGCGCACGAGCCGGCUGCGCCCGCCGCGCCGCAGCCGCUGCUGCGAGCGCCGUCGAAUGCGGUGCGCGUCGAGUGCAGCAAGUGCGGCGAGGAGAUCAGCAUGGUCUUUGACGACGAGUCGGAGGAGUGGAUGUUGCAGGGCGCCGUCGACGCGGGGGGGGGCGUCUUCCACCAUUAUGACUGUGCGGCGCCGCGCGGCGGCGGGGGGUAGUGUGACCGGUGGACAGUCUCCCCUAUCUCUGGUAAUCGCUACACACAACACAGCGGCGAGACGUGGUCAGAGCACGGACAGGCGCGAGUGGAGCUUGAAUGGUGAUCCGCAGCGCGCGCAGGGCCGAGGUGCGAGGAGAGCGCACAUCCCGGCGACUCUGAGUGCCCCCACAUUCUGGCAUCUGGGGCUGGGCAUGCAGGACCACACGAGGUACGACGAGGACACCACGGGCAUCUCGUCGGGAGCGGGAUGGGGAACGGUAAGAGCGGUAAGAGAGAGAGCGAGAGAUGUGUGUUUGACUGGACCGGAAAAU